UCCCCUGAUGCUUCAAGGAGCACCUGUCGUCCCAACAUCCUUUGCGUGUCCAAUAUGGAAGAACUGGCGGUGGAGGUCCGUGGCUCCAACGGGGCUUAUUACAAGGGCGUUGUCAAAGAUAUCCACGAUGACUCUCUCACCAUUGCCUUUGAGAACAAUUGGCAGCCAGAGCGCCAGGUGCCCUUCAGUGACGUCAGGUUGCCACCGCCUGCUGAUGGCAAGAAAGAGAUGGGAGAGGGGGAUGAGGUGGAGAUCCUCUCCAGAGCCAAUGAACAGGAGCCUUGUGGUUGGUGGCUGGCUAAAGUCCGCAUGAUGAAGGGAACGUUCUAUGUGAUAGAGUACGCAGCCUGCGACGCUACCUACAAUGAGAUAGUGACCUUUGAGCGUCUGCGGCCAGUCAACCCCAACAAGGCCAUCACCAAGAACACCUUUCACAAGUGCACUGUCCCUGUUCCUCAGGAUCUACAAGAAGCGUGCCAGAAUGAGAACGCCCAUAAGGACUUUAAGAAAGCUGUUGGAGCCUGUCGCAUCUCAUACUGCCCUGAGACCAGCCAGCUACUGAUUGUGUCUACCAAUGAGGCGACAGUGAAGCGCGUGUCUUUGCUGAGUGACAUGCACCUGCGCAGCAUCAGGACCAAGCUGCUGUUAAUGUCACGAAACCACGAGGCCACAAAACACCUGGAGAGCUCCAGGCAGCUGGUGUCGUCCUUCCAGGAGGAGUUCACAGUGAGAACGGAUCUGAUGGGCCUGGCCAUUGGCAGCCAUGGCAGCAACAUCCAGCAAGCACGAAAAGUUCCAGGUGUCUCUGCCAUCGACCUGGAUGAGGAGACUGGCACUUUCAGGAUUUAUGGAGAGACAGCGGAGGCAGUGAAGAAGGCGAGGAACUACCUGGAGUUUGUGGAGGAUUCUGUUCAGGUGCCCAGAAACCUUGUUGGCAAAGUGAUUGGUAAGAACGGUAAGGUCAUCCAGGAGAUUGUGGACAAGUCAGGUGUGGUGAGGGUCAGGAUAGAAGGAGACAAUGACAACAAGCAGCCCCGACAGGAAUUGACACAGGGAAUGGUCCCAUUCACCUUUGUUGGUACUAAGGAAAGUAUUGGCAACGUUCAGGUCUUGCUGGAGUACCACAUCUCUUACCUCAAUGACAUGGUGGAGCUUCUUGUGGAGGGCCGGCAGCUAGAGGAAGAGCUGAGGCAGAUUUUGGAUUUUACACAGGGAAGCAGCCUAGCAACAUUCAGAACAUGCAACAAAAGGCACACUGGAUGUGGUGGAGAUGAGGUCGAGCAGCUUCGUCUGGAGAGGAUGCAGAUUGAUGAACAGUUACGUCAGAUCACCCAGGGUCACCGCCCAGGGGACAGAGGAGACAGAGGAGACAGAGGAGACAGAGGCGACAGAGGCGAAAGAGGAGGAGGAGGAGGUUAUAACGCAGAUGGCAGUGCCAAUGCUUCCUCGUCCUCUUUACAUGGCAGUCGCUCCUACAAUGGUCGAGGGCGUGGGCGGAGAGGCCAUGGCUACAGCGCUGGAUAUGGCACCAACUCAGAGCAGUCCAAUGCCUCUGAGACUGAUUCAGAGCGCAGAGAUGAGCUCAGUGACUGGUCUCUUGCUGGAGAGGACCAGGACAGGGAGAGGGAGAGAGGCUCCCGACCACAAAGAGAUGGUCGCAGGAGGCCUGGACCCGGCAGAGGCCGAGGGGGCCCUGGAGGACGGGGAAGAGGAGGAAGAGGAGGAUACAGCAACAGCUCUGCAGGGCAUCAGUACCAUGAGGAUAACAAUGCCUACGGUGCUGCAGAGACAAACACUGAGACUGACCAGACAGCUGAUACAGAUGCUAGCGAGUCAAACAUGCCUGCAAAUCGCCGCAGAAGAUCCCGGCGGCGUAGAACAGACGAGGACACCACACUGAUGGAUGGCAUGAGCGAGUCAGACAACGCCUCAAUGAGUGAAAAUGGAAUCGAUGACUCAGAGGCUAAACCUCAGCGUCGUAACCGUAGUCGCCGUCGCCGUGCCCGCCUGCCUGAGGAGAGGCAGCCAGUGACAGUGGCUGACUACAUAUCCCGGGCUGAAUCUCAGAGCAGACAGAUGACCACAAACAAGGAAACCAAGAAGAGCAAGGAUGUGGGUCAGGUGGAUGCCAUUGCAGAGGACGGCCCACCGUCUGCCCCGGCAACCACCAAUGGUUCCAACGCUGCCGCCAGCGAGGGCAGCGAUGCCACCGGAGCUCCCGCCAAAGUCUCCUACCAGGGGGACUCUAACCUGCAACCUGUUGUUAAUGGACUCUCCUAGUCAGACCUGAGCAAAGGAAAUGGUUUCAAAUAUUUGAAAUGAUUUGGCUGCGCCUAAUUUAAUCUCCCUGUCUCUGGAGCAGCCUUUAAAAUGAAACACAAGCACUGUUAUUUUUUACUUUGCAAGUAUUUGAAACCUGUUCCACUGCGCAAGGUUUCUGAGGUCUGAACCUCAACCUCCCCUUUACACACACAUUCUGUCCAACUAUUCAUUUUACUACAGUUUUUUUUACAAUAGUUCUUCCUGUAUGAGCUUGCCAAAGAUAGUCAAACACACACAAACUUACAGACGUCUACGUAACUGUACAUUUCAGUCCGCUCUUCAUUGAGAGCUCAGGGAGAGGUCGGACUGAAUGCAGUAUUUAUAAAAUGCAGACAGGGAUUCCACUCAAACCCAUACUAUGGUAUCAAUGCAGCAGUUGUUUUUUUUAUCAGUACAAAUAAUAUCAAAGCAGGAUUUUAGAACAGAAACAUGUCCGCCUUUUACCAGGUGGGCUCAGAAAGAUGCUUCCACAACAUUUUUCAGGAUGUUUUGUGCAUCUGUAGUUUGUAAAUUAAAUAUUCUGCAUGAGCAGUACCACAGUGCAGAUAGGUUUGUUGGAAACCCAAGUAUGUUUGACAUACACGUGAUCAUCUGUUGUGCCUUGAGAGUAGAUUCAACAUGUUGUUGCCUGGCUCUGCACACCAUCUGAAAUCUUUUCACUUGUUUCCGUGUUACUCUGUCACCCUUGCCUGCCACAGUUGAACCACAAGCUGUCUCCUUGUGCUUUAUAUUCCCUUAUGGCACUGUAGGCGGGUGGAGGCAAACACUGAAAGUCCCUGAAAGGAUUUCAGAGGCAUAUCUUUUUAAAAUCAGGUGUGUCUAUUCUUAAUGUUUGUGGGGAAAAAAAAGAGUCCAGUUAUCCUUUAUAUAUAUAUCUGUUGAGGAGUUUGACAUUAGCUGCUUUCUGUUUUUCAAUAUGCAACCACUUUGGUCAUACAAGAAAUGUUAUUACAGCAUUGUCUGGAAAAGAAACAAACAAUAGAGGAGUUGUUUUCUUUGCACUGAAACAUAGCCUUUUUUCUGUUAAAAAGUUGAUUGUAGUUGAGUCUGGAAACUGGCCUGUUUACUGUUAAGUGCUGGACAGAGAUGUAGCCAUCAGUGCUGGGUUUCCUGGAAACAUCUCAUUGCUAAACAUCGGGCACUUCCAUCAGAUAUAUGACAAGCAGGGAUAAUGAGUGCUGUUUCCUCCCAGAAAUCCAGCUAAAUCAGAAGAGACUCAAAGCCGGUUUGCAGUAUCUUGGAGAUUGAUAUCCCCUUGUAAAUGCUCUCUAUAGCAAAAGUCUUGUUUUGAGUACCCUGGUGUUGGAGAUGUUUCUGGAAAACCAAGCCCAGGUGACGAUGAUGUCAUUUUCAUGGUUCUUCCACAGACUGGCUGGCUGGAAACUGGUCACGACUGUUCCUCUGAGGAAGGAGAUUUAUUUGGUUUAUUUAUUUAAAAAAUGUACAGUAUUUAAACAAAAAAAAAGGGGCAAAACAAGAGAAGCUCUUCUUUUUCUCGACACUAAAACGUGAGUUACUUAGAGUUUCCUUUUGAGACAAAUGACAAUUUGGACUACUGAGAGUUGUGACAUCCCAAGUGUUUUUGUUGGGGCAACUACAGUAUGUUUUUUUUUUUUUCUUCUUUUUUUUAAGGAUCAUUCUGGUUGGUUGAUGUGCAAUAUGUUUUGUAUGCAGUUAGUUCUUAAAUAAACUUGAUCUUCCAUGUAGAUCUCAAA